CUCGACAGCAACGUCACAGGUCUGCCAGGAGUAGCGACAUGAAAACCUCAUCUGCCUCAUCAUGACAUUAUUUCGGGAAUUACCGCAACCGAGAGGAACUCUAAUUUAAAAAACAUUACCGAAUACAUAUCUAUGUGCUUAUUUGUUGUAAACUUUUAUUUUAUCACGCUUUGCGAGAAACUCCUCACUAAAGGCUAGCGUUAGCACAGUAACGUUAGCCGUCCUACAGGUAGAUUCUAUAUCGGAAUUGGUUCGUUAUAAAAGUUAUUAUUCAGUGUUAUGUCUUUUCAGUAUGGCAUAUGAUCAAUAAUAUGUUUGUGUUAAUCACCUGUCAAUGAAGAGAGACCGUUAAGACAUUCAGAAGCGCUAACGUUAGUUAGCCAGCUAGGAAACUGAAGUGCUAUGCAGCAACUUGCUCCUGCUCCACGAACAGACCGAGAUUUAAAUUAAAUUUCAGUUUUUGGGCUACUUACAUCGACGUUAAGUCCUUUAAUUAGUUAAUAAAUGAGCCCUGGUACCUGCGUUACAUGGGAAGUUUACAAUGUCGAGGUUUCUCCUGGGCCUGGUAAUGCUCGGAUGUAAUGUUGCUGUUGAGGAUGUUCAUGCAUUUAAUGAAGCCAGCAUUAGACUUUGGAAUGACAGACCAGGAGAAAGCUGUUCUGGAAGAGUGGAGAUGCGGCAGGUGCAUCAGUGGGGUACCGUGUGCCAGCGGGGUUGGGAUCUCGAAGACGCGGCGGUUGUUUGUAGAGAGCUCAACUGUGGUUUUGUGUUGGAUGUUCCGAAUGGCGUUCGUUUCGGACGGCCCAGCAUAGAGGUGUUGUGGAGGGAUAUGAAAUGUUCGGGCGAUGAGUUUACCCUCGACCUUUGUGAACGCAAACUCAAUGAGGGAAUGUGUACACAUGAUGAAGAUGCUGGAGUGGAGUGCACGGGUAAACUUCCUGCACCUACCCUGUCUAUUCACUCGCGGUUCUAUUUCUAUUCGGCCGGAGAGGCUGUUCACUUUAAAUGCACUGCCCCGUACUGGCAGUCUGUCAUUGACUUUCAUCUGUACAAAAGAGGUGUGAGCACUCCACUGGUGACCCAGCGAGCUGAUCCCAGGCAGAUGACAGUGGAUUUGACCCUGUCGGACCUGGAAAUCUCUCACCAGGGCAGAUACAGUUGUCUGUACAGGAUUCACAGCAAAGUGGGAAACUCCCCCUCAGGAAAUUCUCCACAUAGCAACCUCAUCAACAUCACAGUCUUGGAGAUUCACACUCCUCAAAUCUGGUACAACACCUCUCCUGAAGCACGACCAGGCUGGGUCAUCCGGGGACAAAGUUUCAAUGUCACCUGCUUCACUCAACCUCAGUACCCGGGAGGUUCCUUCCAGCUGCGCCUGAUCAGACCCAAUGGGACUGUGCGGCACUCUUUGCCAGCCCUCACUCCCUCUGUCACUUUCACCUUCUCUAAUGCCCAGUCCAGUACUGAAGGUUACUACUGUUGUUUAUACAAAGUCCAGACUGGAGAGCGGACAUUUAUCUCGAGAGAAAGUCAGCCUUUACCCAUCUCCAUACGAGAAGUGGAUCCGGUGAUGAGCCCGGUGGUAAUCAGUUUAGUGGUUUCUGCUCUGACCUUUGUGGUAGCAACAUGUGCCAUUCUGAUUGUUGCCAAAGUGUACUGCAAGAAAGUGAGAAAACCCACCGAACUGGAACGAGAAAGCAGGACUUGUGUUGACAACACAUACAUAGCCUUGACAAUCCAGUGAUGGAAAUGUUAAAGGAAAGGUAGUGUGAGUUUGUUGAGCAAACAGAGGAGUCUCUAAACUGGUCACGCUGUCUGCCUGAAGUUGAGGUUUAAAUGACUUGUCCCAACCAAAAGGAAGACAGGAGUUCACGUUUUAACAGCCACAGAAAUCACCAUUUCCUACAAUUUGUCAUUUUCUGUUGGUUGCAGCAGUAUUAGGAUUGUCAUUGGUUGACGUUUUUUCUUUUUGGAAAAAUAUAUGGGAGAAUUUUUGCCAUAAGUAAAUGCUGACAUCACGAGACUUGAAAAAGAGAUGACACUACAGCACUAGCUGAUGCACUAACAUGGUUAAAAAGGGCUUUUGGUUCUUGGAGGGUACUGUAGGUCCAACCUCUCCUGAGGUCUUCCCAUAUUGUUGCAGGUAAAGACUCUAAAACUGUGAAAUGUGUUCUCUCUCUGAGAGCCUUUAUAAUUUUUAUAUUUAUUUUUUUCUACUACAGUUGUUUUUAAACACCCAGUGUAAACAUUAUUUGGUUAAUCACAGCUGGGAACAGGGACAGAAAACGCUAAGAACAAACUUAUUCACAUUACGUCACCUAGACAUGUCUUUUUUAAAUGUGUCUUUGUUACUUUUUGGGUUUUGAUAUGAAAAUUGGCUCUCUGAACUCUAUUGCCAGAUCUGACGCUGGAUGCUUAAACUCUUUUUCUCUGAGAACAAGAGGCAUGUACUGAACAAAGAAACAAGUACACUACUCGCACUCCAUUUGUUUAGUUUUGUUGAUUUAAAAUAAGCCAGUUUAUCUUCCUUUAUUUACUGUAAUAGUGUGCCCAUAAAAAUGAUGUUUAAAAGAGCAAAAUUCCCCAAAAGUAAUAAGAAACACUGCUUUUGAAUACUGUUACAUCCAAGUUGUGCAAUUUGUAGAAUUAAUGGUUGUUCUUUUGUUAUAUGUUUUUGGUACGUGUAAGACGAUUUGUAGUCUUUUAUUUUACCAUUAAAAAAAAUCACAAUUUUGGCAAAUGCUUAUUGUGUUUUCAAAUUAAACCGCAAAGAAACAGAUUUUCUUUGAAAGUGGUUCUACGAUUUAGUUAAUUCCAGGUUUUUC